CCAGAUAAGCCCUGGCCUAAACAAAACCCUUGCGCUCCAGUGGAACUGAUCUACACUCACUGUUCCGAGAGAGAAAGAAAUGGCUCGGCGCAGUGGAGUAUCUAUUUCACGGUCGUUGAUCUCCGCCGCAAGGGCUCCAUCGCUACGUUCUUCGUCUUCCCUUCCCCGCCUCCGUCCACCUCAGCUCCCCGCCCCUCGCUCGCCUUCGCGUCGCCUUCCCUUUGCUGCCACCAGGAAUUUUGGAGAAUUGGGAUGUGCUCAAUCCUUCUUACCUCUUCAUAGCAUGGUGGUUACGGCCCGCCUUACAUCACACCUUACUGCUAAUUUGCGGGCUUGUUGCGAGCUGCCUCACGGUACCUUCUGCUGUACUUGUCAAGAUCGCUAGUAGUGGCUUUGUACUUGAAAGGCCAUUGGAUGGUGCAGCAAUGAUAUCUGGAGCAUUAUGAAGUGGGAAUCGUGCCUUUUGAUUAGGAAAAUUUUAAUAAAAUGUUCUAUUCAUAUUCCGGUUUCAAGCAUAAUUUGAAAUUUUUCAAAUACUGGUUUUGUAGGAACCUCCAUUUCAAGGUUUCUAUCACUUGUUUUUGUAUUUUCAGUUAUCAUUAGUUUCUGUGAUAUAUUAGUGUAAGGUAAGAUGUAACCUCUGAACAUGCCGGCAUAUUAAAAGCAUUCUCUAGUGAAUGGAAAUUCCUGAAUCCCAUU